CGCCACUCGGUCUGUACAAGUCUCGCUACUGACCCCUUCCCUACUGCCGAGUGAUGUCUGGCACCGUGUCGGUCAGCGUUCACACGGAAGGUGCAUUUAAUCCCCAGAAGCUCACAAGGGACAAGCAGAUGCUGGUGCAGUUUUAACGCGAGGAGAAAAACACUACAAUCAUGAGUGUGAACUAUGCGUCCGCGGCGCCCACGCAGAGAUCCACGUCGUUUUUCAUUGAGGAUAUCCUGUUGCACAAACCUAAGCCACUGAGAGAGGUUAUUCCAGCGCCCUUCUGCAGCUCGCUGGCUUCCAGAAUGCCCAUCCUGGAGUAUGGAUACCCUCUGAUUCCGACGCCAAUCCUGGCACCACACCCUCACCCACUCCACAAGCCAGAGCAUCACCAGUACUUUUUCACACCAGGGAUGCAGAUGCCGGCUCUCUUCCAGCACCACGCAGAGUUACCGGGCAAACACUGCCGGCGCAGAAAGGCCCGGACUGUGUUCUCCGACUCUCAACUGUCCGGGUUAGAGAAGCGCUUCGAGAUCCAGCGGUACCUGUCCACACCGGAGAGAGUGGAGCUGGCCACGGCGCUCAGCCUCUCCGAGACACAGGUAAAAACGUGGUUCCAGAACCGGCGGAUGAAGCACAAAAAGCAGCUGAGGAAGGCGCAGGAUGAGCGGAAAACUCCCGCCGAGAUGGAGCGCUGCGCAGAGAACUCCAGCGCGGAGAGCGACCUGAACGAGAAGAGCGCGGAGGAGCUGAGACACGGCCUGGAGGCCGACACAUACAUGCUGGAGGAGAACGACGACGACGUGGACAUCGAGGACGAUAUUUGCUCCCCAGAUCAUCUACUAUAGGAGCAGCUCUGGAAGCAUCGGCAUCACCCAAUGAAACUCAAACAGGCAUUUCUCCUGUGAAACAAGCCAGUUCAGUAUGAGAUUAUUAUUAUUAUUAUUAUU